CACAAACCACUCCGACACAAGCUGAGCGUAGUGAGGUGAGCAUCUUUUUUGGGCCUCUUCCUUGGGGUGUGAGGAAAGAGUAGGGGUAUCCACUCAGCGUGCUUCCCACUUGACACUCCAUGUCCGGCCUAGAUGGCCUUUCUUUGUACCAGCCAUCUGCGCACGUUUUGAAGUCGGCACCCUGAAAAGCCCUUUGCAUGAACGUGGACCUGCACGGCCAAGAUGGAGAGGAGCCACCGGCUGAGCUGGAGGAAUACGAACAGACCUUACUCAUUGAAAAGCGGGUCACGGACCUGACCGAGAAGUGCUCCGAUUUCAUCGGUGCCAAGCAGGGCUACCACAUCGAACGAUGUAUCGGCCGAGGCCACUUUGGAGAAGCCUUUUUGGUUCGCGACCCCUCGGGCCGCCGGCGAGUGCUCAAGGCUUUGGAGCUGGAGCGCGCGUCGCUAGCACCGCCUCGCCGAGAGGCCGAACUCAUGCAGAAACUCAGGCAUGUGCACAUCGUCCGCUUUCGAGACUGCUUCGAGGAGAAGGGCUUCCUGGGCAUCGUCAUGGACUACGCGCGCUCCGGAGACCUCUUGGCACUUGUGGACCGCGCCAAGGAGACGGAGCAGCCGCUGCCGGAGGAUCAGGUGGCCCAAUGGCUAACACAGGCACUCCUGGGCAUCCGAUAUAUGCGCGGCUUGUGUAUCAUCCACCGGGAUAUCAAGAAUGAGAA